UGAAUAUUAGUAUGACAAUAAAGUGUGUACAUGUUUACCCUCAAGAUAGUAAAUAUUACACUUUACCUUACAUAAAAGUAUUUUUUCCCAACGAAAAGAACGGAUACAUAUUUGUGCUGAAUAUUUCACAGAAGGAUGAAAAAGAAUCUGUGGUAAAAGGUGAUAUUUCCUAAUGUCUCCCUCAGUUAAAAUUUUGGAUGUUUUUAAAUAAAUCACUGCAAUUCUUCAGACAACAAAAAAGGACGACAUUUUACAUUAGGUGUGAAGGUGAAAUAUUUAUCUUCUGUGCAUGCUUUAUCUGAUACAUGGACGUGUUGAGGAAAAUGGAGGAAAAAGACAGGGAAUUUAAAACAAAAGGAAACGAUGUAAAAAAGACAUUUUCAAAUAUUGAUAAAAAGCAGCAACAAUUUAACAGUGCGAAGACUGCACCGGAUUCAGAAGUUCCUACUUGGGUUUCCCUGAUGUGUAGCAGAAGAAACUGCUGUGGAACUGAAAGCAAUUUCAGAUCGAUUGAUUCCAACUCCCUAGGAAUAGACAGUACUUUCGGUGAGCCUGGAAGCCCUUCAGACGUUUCAUCGUUAGGUUCCAAUAAUGGCAGAGGAUUCCGAGAAAAUUAUAAAUCAAAGCGAGGCAGAAUGGCAGUACUGUUUAUAAUUUUAUUAAUUUUGAUCGCUUUCAUCGCUACAGCAGUUGGAGUAACAAUAAGCUACGUCUAUAAUCGAGAUAUAGUAAGACUCCAUGUGGAUUUCAGUGUUGAUAAUUACAACAAAACACUCUUACACAAGAGACAACAGGAAGCGGAAGCAGCUGAAUUUUGUAGAAAGGUGAAGGAUGCGUUUCGUUCAGAAGGACUUGAGCAUCAUUUUAUGGAUUGUAAAUGUGUCGACACCAGGCCAACAAUAAGCGAAGUGAAAUUGUCCUUUGUCCUUGAAUUCACUGAUAACAAACAGAAAGACAAUAUAGACGAAAUCAAACGUAUCGUCGUAAGUGUUGUCAAGGAAAGGAAGAGGGACAAAGAAUUUAGAUCAUUGUAUCCCCAGGAGUCUUAUCCAGCAGUAGACAAUAGAGGGCCUGUUGAGUUGGGAGAAAAGAAAUCUAAAAACGAAGAAACCACACAAUCGUCAAUAUUUCUGAAAACAACUCCAGCUGUUAUAAAAUCCACAACACAAAGAAAUCGACAGAUAUUUUCAAAAAGAAGUUCAACUACACCAGGUUUCAAAACAACAGUUAGAAGCAAUGUCAAGAGUACUGAGAAAGUGAAAGUCCAGACAACAACCGUGAGAACAUCAACUUCGUCAACAACACCGGGUAUGAAUGCGUGGGACAGAAUUCUAUCCAAGUUGAACCUCACUGGAAGAAGAUAAACGGUCUACAGAACUGAUUCAAUUGUUCUCUUUAGAAAACUCGAUCAUUGCAGCAGGUCACUUCUUUGGCCUCCUUGUGUAUAAAUUGUGAUUUUGUUUGUUUGAUCAGAGCUUCCUUGCGGUGCUGUCUCUAUAUCAGCUUACAAAUAAACAGACAUUAGUUCCUUGAGAACAGGAAGUUACAUGUUUAAUUAAAAGUUUUUCUUUAAAUGUCUGUAUAUAUUGCUUAUUAAAAAUUUCAUACUGUAAGGUCUUUA